AUGUAUAAAGCUUAUCAUCCUCCAGCGAGUGAAAUAAGAAAUAAACAUGUUGAUUCUGCACAAAGGUUGGGAGUUUUUAAACAAAAUCAACGUCAACAUGUGGCAGUAGUUUCAUUUGAUACAAAUAUACUAUCAAGUAAAUUAUUUAAAGAAAAAGAAGCAUAUGCAACUCUUAAAUUAAGUGAUGUUACAACAGUUGAUACAAAAUAUCAUAAUAAAAAAUUAGUUGGAUGGGUUGUUGAAAUUCCAUUUAUGAUAUCAGCAGUUCAUAUAAUACUUAGAUUAGAUAGAGAAGGUAAUGAAUGUGUUAGAUUAUCAGUUUAUGGUUUAAAUAAUUCAAAUCCAAUUUCAUACUUUCCUUUGAAUGCAAAAGUUACAGUUUACGCACCUUACUUUAAACGCCGUACUGAUGGUAGUUGUGGUUUUCGUGUUGAUGAUAUUAAUGAAUUAGAAGUUGAACUUGAUAAAUCUGAAGAAUAUAAAUCAAAAGGUAAUGACUAUUAUGGAAAAAAAGAAUAUGCAAAAGCAAUUGAAUAUUAUACAAAAUCAAUUCAAGAAGAUAAAGAUAACUAUUUAGUUUAUUGUAAUAGAUCAACAGCAUAUUAUAAUAUUGGUCAAUAUGAUAAUUCAUAUUAUGAUGGUAAAAGAGCAAUUGAAUUAAAUUCACAAUUUUAUAAAGGUUAUUUUAGAGUAUCAAAAGCAUUAUAUUCUUUAAAAAGAUAUAUGGAAUCAUAUGAUUUUAUAUGUAAAGCUUUACUUUUAGAUCAAGAUAAUACACAUGAAAUUAAAAAAAUAUUUGACGAUUUAUUAGUAUUACUUAAAAAAGAAUUGAAAAAUGAAAAUCCAUUAAAAGUUUUACCACCACCUUUUCCAAUAUUAACCGAAAUUCCAAUUAAAUCACAACAACCAAUUCAAUCACAACAAUUUGAAAAUCCAUUUACAAAUAAAGAAAAAAUAAAUAAUAAUAAUAAUAAUAAUAAUAAUAAUAAUAAUAAUAAUAAUAAUAAUAAUAAUAAUAAUAAAAAUAAAAAUAAAAAUAAUAAUAAUAAUGGAAAGUUAGAAUUAGAAAAGGAAUUAAAAGAAUUAGAAAAGGAAAUAAAUGCAAUUGGAACUAAACCAAACUCUAAAAAUAAACAACAAAAAAAGAAACAAUCAAAAAAACAACAACCAACAACAUCAUCAUCAAAAGGAGAAGUUAAAGAAAAUGAACAAUUAAUUAGAGGUUUUAGAGUUAUACAAAAUGGUGGAAAAAUGGGAGGAAGAUUUCAAAGUGAAGGUACAGUAUUUGGAGAUUCAAUUUUAAUUUGGGGUGGUAAAAAUGAUGGUAUAAAAGAAAGUAUAUUAAAUAGGUUUUAUGUUGGUUUGGAUAUUUAUUCACCAAUUAUUUAUAAUACAAGAAAAGAUUUUUAUUAUGAAUUAGAUUUUAAAAUCAAAUCUCGUAUAAAUCAUUCAAUAGUUAGAGUUGGUGAAAAAAUUUAUAUUAUUGGUGGCGAAAGUACUCCUAAUAAUAAUAAUAAUAAUAAUAAUAAUAAUAAUUCAAAAGUACAACUAAAUGAAUCAUCAUACCCAACAGUAUGUAUUGAUGUAUCAGAUAGUGUUAAUGGACCAAAGAUUAUUAAAUUAAAUGAAAUUGAUAGACCUAAUUCAUUAAGAUCAAGUGUUUCAACAGUUGUAAAUAAUUUAAUUUGGGUAUUAGAUUCAUCAUCAUCUGUUGGUUGUGAUUUUUAUAUAUUUGAUCCAAAAUCAAAUAAAUGGAGUUCAAAUUUACUUUCAAAUCAACAACUACAACAACAACAACAAGAACAACAACCACCACCACCACCACCACCACCACCAAUUAGAAAACAUACAUUUUUAGCAACUAUUAAACAACGUUAUAUUUUAAUGUAUGGAGGUUCAAAUGGAUUAACUACAUUUAAAGAUAUGGCAUUAUUCGAUACUAUACAUAGGGAAUGGAUAAUGGUUCAACAAAAAGGUAGUAUUCCACCAAUUACAAUUCAUAAUACUACAAAUUCAUUCAAUUGUUGUAGUUAUGUAAAUGAUAAUGAUGUAGAGUAUUUAAUAUUUCUAGAUGAUAACCAUGGUUUAUGGAUUUUAAAUACAUCAACUUUAGUUUGGAGACAACUAUAUUAUAUUGUACCAACACCACUACCAGAAUUAACUGGAUUUUUACAAAUUAUUGUAGAAGAUCAUCUUUAUAUUAUUGGUGGUCUUGGAUCAAAUAUUGAUUAUGGUAAUCAAACAUCAGAUGAUAUAUUCUGUUUCCCAAUUGGUGAAGUUAUCAAUUCAUUAAAUGAAGAACUACCACCAAUCGAAUCAAAUGCAUUUGGCGAAAUUACAAUGCCAUUAUGGAGUUGUUUUACUUGUGGUAGAUUACAAUCAACAACAACAGCAGCAACAACAACAGCAGCAACAACAACAAAUAAAUGUUCAUCAAAUUGUAAAUCAUCUGUCUUAUAUUGUAGUUCAAAAUGUAAAUUAAAAGGUUUACCGAAACAUAAUUGCAAUGUUAUUGGCAAUGAAAAAAAUAAUGAUUUUAAGUCAAAAGCAAUUGUAGAUUUAGAAAAGAAAUUAGAAUUAUUAGAACUAAAUAAAAAAGUAUCAGAAGAUGAAAUUAAAUUUUUAGAAUUAAAGAAAAAAGUAUCACAAGAUGAAAUUAAAUUAUUAGAAGUAUUAAAAUCUAAUAAUAAUAUUAAUAAUAAUAAUAAUAAUAGUAAUAAUAAUAAUAAUAAUAAUAAUAAUAAUAAUAAUAAUAAUAAUAAUAAUAAUAAUAAUAAUAAUAAUAAUAAUAAUAAUAAUAAUAAUAAUAAUAUUAAUAAUAAAGAAGAAGAAGAAGAAGAAGAAGAAGAAGAAGAAGAAGAAGAAGAAGAAGAAGAAGAAGAAGAAGAAAAUAAAAAUGAUUAUAGAAUUCAAAAUUCAUUUUAUAAAUGGAUUGGUAGUUUAAAUUCAUUUUAUAAAUGGAUUGGUAGUUUAAAUUCAUUUUUUAUAAAUAAUAAUAAUAAUAAUAAUAAUAAUAAUAUUAAUAAUAUUAAUAAUAGUAAUAAAAAUAAUAAUAAUAAUAAUAAUAAUAAUAAUAAUAAUAAUAAUAAUAAUAAUAAUAAUAAUAAUAAUAAUAAUAACAAUAAUAAUAAUAAUAAUAAUAAUAUUAAUAAUAAUAAUAAUAAUAAUAAUAGUAACAACAAUAAUAGUAAUCAAAAUAAUAAUAGUCAAACAAUAGAGGAAAUUGAAUUAAUAAUUAAAUCAGAAAAAGAAAAGCUUAAGCGAUUUGAGUCACAAAUUAAAACAACUAAAAAUGAAAUUGAUAAUAUUGAUCAAGAUAAAAUUUGUCCAAUUUGCUUUGAAGAUGAAAAAGAUCAUGUUUUAAAUUGUGGUCAUAGAUUUUGUAAAAAUUGUGUUGUUGAUAACAAGUUAAUUUCAUGUCCCUUAUGUAAAAAAGAAAUUUCAUCAGAUUUUUGUGUUUUUUAA